CAAGCAAGAAUGACCUGCUCUAAAACCAUGCUGUUCCACAGCGAAAAGUUUGUUCCCUUCAAUGAACUGAAUGAUAGCAUCACGAAUUAUUCUUUCUAGUAGUUUAACAACAAUACUGGUCAAACUAACAGGACGAUAGUUCUGAACUAAGUUUCUAGAUCCGGUUUUGAAGACCGGACUAAUGAUGGCAUCUUUCCAGUCUCUUGGACAUUUAGACUGGUCCAGAGACAUUGAAGAUUACCGACAAACAGGCAAACGUUGCAAUGUCACCAUAAGGGUAAAUCUCCAUUCGAGAAAUUGCAUGUAGACAUGAUCACUGUUUUUCCUCUAGACAGCAUGCAGCAUCUCAUAUACUUAGGUGUAGUUCGAAAGUUGAUUGGCCUGUGGAAAUUGAAGGCCACAGCUAGGGAAGAUGGUAUGAAUAAUACUAUUUUAAACACUGUUAACUCUAGACUGCUAAGCUCACAUAAGUUGACUCCCUCUGAAUUCCAGCGUAAGUGUCGAACAUUAGACGACGUUGAGCGUUGGAAAGCAACAGAGUACCGACUGUUCCUCUCAUAUUUAGGAGUGGUAUACCUGAAAGACGUAUUACCACCUUGCUUUUAUGAUAACUUCUUCGAUUUAUUCCUGGCAUGCUACAUUUUAAGUCAUCCAACUUAUUCUUCAUAUUACCUAGAUGACAUCAAAAACUUCUUGUUGGAAUUCGUAGAGAACUUUAGGUCAUUAUUUGGGGAGGAUAACAUGGUGUACAAUAUCCAUGGGUUACUUCAUAUUAGUGAGGACGUACGACAGCACGGACCCCUAGACACUUUCUCAUGCUUCCCAUUUGAGUCUAACAUACGUUUCAUGCAGACUCUCGUUACAGGUCCCAAUAACCCAGCCGUCCAAAUAGGUAGACGUCUAGGAGAAAGAUGCUUAGUGGAAGCUGACUCUGCCAAAUCAGAGAUGACUACUAAUGCAUCUGUAAAUGUGUCUAAACAGACUGCAACUUUUUCCAGUUUUAAAGUAAGCUCAUUUCCCCCUAACAAUCCCUUUUUGGUAGGAUAUAUACCAGGAGUUGUUUCUGAAAUUGCUAGCGGAAAUCAUUUUCGAUUUCGAGCUUAUAAGAAACCCCAGAGUUUUUUUGAACACCCACUGGAUUCUAGGGAUAUUGGAAUAUAUCAGGUAGACAACUUGGAGGGUGAGACAAGUAUUAGGACUUUCAGUGGAAUUCGGGCGAAGUGCAUUGGCUUAAGACUUUUGCAUAACUCCGUUUUAAUUUCAAUAUUGCACACCUCUAAACUGUCGUGAUUUACUUAGUACUGUAGUUUACAGUGAGCCACAGUUAACCCCUAUCAAGGAUACAAACAAACAGUGAGUUUACUUUUCUAUUCACUUGAUUAAAUUAUAAUACGCACACUUAUAUCAAAAUACGUCUUGCAAGACUUCCCUUCUUCCUAUGUACCUAUUUUCGUAUGUAAUAGUCGUACAUUAUUUGUAGAUGAGUAAGCAGUUCCUGUUAGUCAAGGUACCUGCCCUGAAUGAUGUCUUGAUUGUUAGUGAGGAGUGGAUGGCUGGAAAAUUCUUGAUGCUCA